AUGAAGACCCUCGCUUCGAUCGCAUUGCUUGCUGCAGGUGCUACUGCCCAGGUCAUUGAAAGUGCCAGCUUUGGCUACGGUAAAACUAUUUCCCCAACCCGAGACUCGAUUCCAGGAUGGAACAUUAAUGGAGAGGGCUUUGACACAUCAUUGCUAUCCGAUAAACUCAUCCUUACCCCUCCCUACCCCGGAAAUGUACGCGGAUCAGCCUGGGCGCAAAGCGCUUUAUCUCAACCUGAAUGGUCUGCAGAAUUCCAAUUCCGAGCUACGGGCCCCGAGAGAGCCAGCGGCAACCUCCAGUUAUGGUACACAAAGGAUGGCCAAGCCCGCGUGGGUACUUCCAGCAUUUACACCGUGGGACCCUUCGACGGAUUUGCCCUGGUGAUUGAUACACAUGGCGGAAGAGGAGGAAGCAUCCGUGGAUUUUUGAACGACGGAACAACAGAUUACAAGACCCACCGUAGCGUCGAUAGCCUGGCAUUCGGACACUGCGACUACGCAUACCGAAACCUAGGUCGCCCCUCGGUGGUCAAGCUCAAGCAUACCAGCUCGUUCUUCGAGGUCACCGUGGACGACAAAGUCUGCUUCUCGACCGAUAAGGUCAACCUCCCAUCCGGAAACACCUUCGGUAUCACAGCCGCCACCCCCGAAAACCCCGACUCCUUCGAGAUCUUCAAGUUUGUCCUGGAAUCUGCGACCGGCCAAACCAUCCCCCAAGGAAUUCCCCAGCAGGACCAGCAACAGCAGCAGCCCAUCGUGAACCAGCAAAUCCCUCAAGCGGCCCAGGGAGGCUCUGAUAAAGAUUACUCAACUCAGUUUUUCGACCUGAACAACCGCAUCCAGCUCCAGAGCAAGGCCACCAACAGCAUCGUCCAGGACCUCAGGUCUCAGGCUUCUAAGAGUGAUUCCCGCCACGACGAGAUCCUCCGCAACACAGCUUCGAAGGACCAGCUCAAUGCCCUCGACGCCCGGCUUCAGCGCAUCGAGACGCUGCUCCAGAGUAUCCAGCGGGAUCUGGAUGGCAAGGACUACAGCGGUAGCUUCAAGCAACUACAAGAUACCCUGCGGUCAUCGCAUCUUAGUCUUAGCGAGAACCUGCAGGGACAUUUCCUCAGUGCUAUUACGGCCUCGACUCCUCGCAUGGGCUUCUUUAUCUUCCUGGUCAUUGCAUUCCAGAUUCUACUCGCCGUUUCAUAUGUCGUCUACAAGCGUCGCCGCGCCAACAUGCCCAAGAAGUUCCUCUAG